UUCAGUUCGCUCUCAGUUAGUCGAUACACAACCCGACGUGUCCCAGUGCCUUUCUGCUGGUCUAGUCGGUUUUUUCGACAACUUUCUCUCCUUCCUCCUUUGCUAUACCUUCAUUUAUUUCAACCUGCCUCUUCUUUGCGCACUAUCUGUAUAACUUGUCUUUGUCGUGGUCCUACUGAUGUUUAUUCGCUUCGUUGCUUCUUAAUACUGUCUACGUGAAUUUUCUAUAUCGAACAGAAUUACGUUGUAAAUUAUGUAGAAAGUUCCUGCACCGUGUCCCUAAUUCGACUGCGCUUCGAAGUGACGUGUAUUCGCGUGUGGCAAAGUGGGCGUUGUCCUUCAGAAACAACACUAAUCGGUUCUGUGUUGAUAUUUAGUUUAUGGAUGACACGCCCUUUACACGAUUACCACGCCCUCUUUCAACGAUUUACACGCCUAUUUUCACAACGAAAACGCCUGUUUUUACCAUAAACACCCCCUUUUUCUAAUACGACUGCCCAUUUCUCUAAUUAUCCUCCCUUCUUUAACGAUUUCCACGUCCCUUUUUCCGAUCGCAACGCUCUCCGAAGAUCAGUGACUCGUCGUUAUCUAAUUUCAUUCUCUAUGCUUAGUGGGAAUUCUUGUGAUUGUACGUGAAAAAUUAGUUGAAGGGGACGACGACGAGGACAAUAAUAAUGACGAUGACAAUGGCUGUCGCAAGGAGGCGCAGCAGCAGCAUUGGAUGGAUGAGCAUUGCGACUCAUUACCACAGACCGUCUGCAGUUCUCGCACAAUUGGAUCCGAACAAACACAUACAAGAUAUUAACAGUCAGGUAGCGCAAUUUCGGGAUCUACUUAUUAACAUCGGCCAGCCACGGGAUUGUCCAGAGUUAAGAGAGAGGAUAAGAAAACUUCGAAGAAGCUGCGUCGAGGCUUGUAAGAACACAUCGCAAUUGGUAUUGCCGCAAAUGCGUAGUGCUAUGGAUCUUGGCAUACCUGCGGACAGUCCAAAUUUGGUUUUACUAUUCUUCGUAAGUCAACUUUUCCUGCGUGAACUCUACAAAAGCAAAAAUCUAGUGCGCAUCGUCCCAAUGGACAUGUCUGGAUAUUACGAGAGUAAAGCUGGUCCUUCAAAUAUUGGCAACGUGAUAUCCCAAAUCCUCCUGUGCAAGCAAAUAACGCCAGAUUUCAACGAAGAGGAAAUUUGCAGCAUCCGUAAGGAUUCCGAGGAGAUAAGUGCGCUGAUAGCAGAGCUUCAGGAAUUCAUGCCACAGUCCGAAGCGGACACGGAACGUACGGUCGCCCUUCAGGAACUAGGAACUCGUCCCAGUCGCAACAAUGGGAACGGAAAGAGUUUUCGUUGGGACAGCAAUACCAGACAUCCCUCUUACUUCCGAGGAGGUUUCAAUCUACUCUGUUGCGCCGCACGGCCUAAUUACAUCUGAACCGCCCUCUAUCGAGGAUUGUCCU